AUGGGUGGUGGUGUGACUCCAGUCAAGAGUCUUUGCCCUGGGAAGAGUUUUUUGAGAAUUAGGACUAGGGUUAUCCGGAUGUGGGAAGCAUGCCCUGUGAACGAUUCCUUGAGUCCCUAUGACUUGCAUAUAGUUCUAAUUGAUGCUGAGGUUUAUACCUUUCUUCUGAAUGUUUACUACAUUGCAGUGGGUGACAAAAUUGAAGCCAUUGCUCGGAAGGGUCUGAUGUCCAAAUUCAAGAGCGAACUCCGUGAAGGAAAAGUUUACACCAUCACUUAUUUCUCAGUUCUUUCAAACAGUGGCGGUUUUAUGGCUUCUGAGCAUGAUUACAAGAUUAUGUUCAAUGAAAAAACUAGGGCUGCAGUUGAAGAAGCAAUUGGAAUCCCAAUGACUAAAUACUCCUUCAAGGACACUGAUCAGAUAUUGGCUACUGGUGGUGAUUCUGACUUUUUAAUUGAUGUGAUUGGAUUAGUUACCAAUGUAUCAAGUGAGAAGAAAUAUCCUAAGGCUGGCAAUGUAACACGGAUGAUAGAGCUGGAGCUGACAGAUGACAAAGGGAAGAUUAAGUGUGCUCUAUUUGGCCACUUUGUUGAUGUUGUAAAACAACAUCUUGCUGCUGAUCGCCAAAUGCCUGUUGUAGUUCUUCAAUUUAUGAAGAUCAAGACAUUCAUGGGCCAUGUUGUAAUUCAGAAUGUCAUGAAUGCUACUGUCCUAUUAUGGAAUCCAGCUAUACCUGAAGCUGUCUCAUUUCAUAAUGGGUGA